CAGUGAUCAGUGCUAAUAAAAAGCACUGACACUGUACUAAUGACACUGGGCAGGAAGGGGUUACCAUCUGGGGAGGUCAAAGGGUUAAUUGUGUGCUGUGUUGUGUUUUAAUAUGUAGACAAGUUGCUUUGUAUUGCUCUGAUGUGCAGAGCAAUACAAAGCAGCCUGUUCGUGCUGAAAGGGGACAGAUCUGUAUUGUUUACAUACAGACCUCUCCCCUGUCAGCUCUGCCGAAGAUUCAGCAUCUGGGACCCGGUGAUUGACAUGCCGAGGAGCCAAUAGCAGCGCAGGUAGGGAGCGUGCGCACACCCCCUACCGGGAAAUACAAAAU